AUGGCAUGGAACAAUAAGUCAGUAGUUACUGAAUUCAUUUUGUUGGGUCUGUCCAGCUCUCGGGAACUUCAACUCUUCCUUUUCUUUAUCUUCUCUGUGCUUUAUGGAGCUGCGGUGUUGGGAAAUAUCCUUAUCAUCCUCACAGUGAUUACAGACUCUCGGUUGCAUUCCCCAAUGUACUUUUUUCUUAGCAAUCUCUCCUUCAUUGAUGUGUGUCAGGCUACAUUUGCCACUCCCAAGAUGAUUGCAGACUUCCUCAGCGAACACAAGACCAUCACCUUCCAGGGAUGCAUGUCACAGAUCUUUUUCUUGCAUGUUUUUGGGGGCAGUGAGAUGGUGCUUCUUGUGGCCAUGGCCUAUGAUAGAUACAUUGCUAUAUGCAAACCUCUGUAUUAUAAGACCAUCAUGAGCCGAAGGGUGUGCUCUGUUCUGGUGGGGGUCUCCUGGGCUAUUGGCAUCCUACACUCAGCCAGCCACCUGGCAUUCACAGUUGAUCUUCCUUUCUGUGGACCCAACAAAGUGGACAAUUUCUUUUGUGACCUCCCCCUUGUGAUCAGGCUUGCCUGCUUAGACACCUAUGUUUUAGAUAUUCUGGUGCUCGUGAACAGUGGCCUGCUCUCGCUUAUCUGUUUCCUCCUUUUGCUAGUGUCUUAUACUAUCAUCCUUGCUACUGUCCAUCGCCAAGCCUCUGAUGGGACAUGCAAAGCACUUUCCACCCUGUCUGCCCAUAUCACUGUUGUGGUUCUGUUCUUUGGCCCAUUAAUCUUUAUCUAUAUUUGGCCCUUUGAAAGCUUCCCAAUUGAUAAAUUUAUCUCUGUGUUUUUUACUGUCUUCACUCCUCUCUUCAACCCUAUGAUUUACACACUGAGGAAUAAAGAUGUAAAGGAGGCCAUGAAGAGGCUGAGAAACCGACAUGUGGGUUCCAAGCAAGUCUUUUAGACAACUGUGAGGA